AUGAAGGAGAGAUUUGUGCAGGAUAUUCCUUUCCCGCAACAAAACUUGGCCAAUGAUAGUUGGAUUAUUGUAGCAAAAAUGGUAAAUCACCGCUUACAGAAACUCCUCGAUCAAAUCAGAGCAUGCACGGUCAUUGAAGGCGUGGAAAGUUAUGCUGAGGACGUUGAAUAUAGUGAAGAGGAGCACCGGCAAGUUCAGGAGAAAAUACUGACAAAGGUCAAUCGAAAACUUCGCGAGCAACUCAGGAAAUUUGAACCUUCAGCAAGAAAUCGAGAAGGGAGAAGAACUCGUGGAGCAGAGAAGCAGAAGAAUACCAAUAAUCGCAAAUCUUCCAAAGAGGAAAACCAAGAUGGUGAUGGUGUUGAUCUUUUGAAUCACACUGGUCGUGCGGAAGUUACAAAUAAUCAACAGGAAGUGAUCAGCACUUCACUUGGAGAUCAGGUAAUGGGAGAUAUUACGGAUGCUGAUGAUGAAGCCGAUAUUGAAGUACAACAAAAGCGAAAGAGAGACGUCCAAUACUUUGAUUAUGCUCCAUGUAAGCCUGCCAAGAAGAGGAAGUCUAGCGAAAAUAAGCUGGCUGGUGAGAGCGAACAGGCACGCAACCAGAGAUUGAGGGAUUUGUAUUAUUCUGGACUCAUUGCGAGUAUGGAAGAUGUCACGGGUCUUGAGAAGGCUGACGCUGCCAAACUACAAGUCGAGAACAAACGAGACCAAGAUACGCGAAAGGGUAAUUCCCAGUAUUCUGAUCCAAUGAUCUUGAAAGAUGAGAUGUCUAGCAAUAAUAAACCCCAGACCGAGAACUCUGAACGCAAAAUACGGGUAGACAUUGACCACGAAGCUCAGGACACAGGCACUGAGAAAAUAAACGAGAAUAUCAACAGAACCCCCUUUGCCUUUCACCGCUCGUAUCAGAAGCAAUUCCCGAAACGGCCAAAUGAAUCACUGCUCGAGUUUCGCGAGAGAAAGCUUGCUGCAUACAUCGUCAGCGAUGAAUACAAACAACGUCAAUCAGCUGGCUUAGGCACUAGGAGUAGCAACGUGACUAAUGAUCUAGAACAAGCCAACAGUGAUGAGGACCUGUCAGAGUAUUUACCAUCAGGUAUGAAUCAGUCGAGUUUGAGCAACCAAGUUGGUACGCAUGCCAUGAAUGAGGAGAUGACAAAUUCAAGACUUCCGCGUCAAGCGAAGAAUAUUUCUUCUCGAGAAGAAUAUCUUCGAAAGCAAGACGCCAGAAUACUUGAGGAACAGAAGCAACAAGUUGGUAAUGAUUACCUGAAAACAGAAGGCGGCAGCCGAUCGCAAAGCAGAGGUAGUUUCAGAUCUCAGCAACAACUCCAGUCGUUCGAUACAAAUUUGUCAGCGGUAGUCCAGCACAAUGAUGCGGUUAUGGCAGGGAGCAAUGUUGAGACAGCUAUUGAUUUGACGUCUGAUUGA